CGAGAACGCUCUCGUCUUUUCAAAGGCAUAUGCCCUUGCAACUCCUGUUUGGUUGCACCAUUAGCAUAUUUUGCCGGGUAAUUCCACAGUUGACGGGCAGAGCGAACAUCUUCAAUGAGUUGACUUGUCCAUAUGCGAGCGGGGUUGCCAAUGCGAGAAGUAAUAUGGGUAUUGCCGAUGAUAGAUGAACCGCUCGCGGCACUUGGCUUAGAAACACUUGUAUCAGUAACUGCACAACAUCAUGGUUUGUCUCACCUUAGCAGCCCUCGGCAUCCUAGCCGCCGUACAGUUCUCGCUCGCCCAGAGAGGAGCAGGAAAGUGCCAAUGGGCCGCCCUUCGAAUGCAAACCGACAUCUACAUCGAAUCCCAAACUUCUGGGGAGGUUGACCCGUUGCUCACCUCCAGCUCGCCCGUGUACCGCGAGAACUACAAGCAGCGCGACAUCAACACCUCAUUCCUCACCACUCCACUCAAGAUCGACUACACUCGCACUUUUGUCGAUCAACGAGACUGCAAGACGUACUCGCAACUGAUUGUCGCCAAUCCCAAGAAUCCGUACAUCAUCGGCACUCAGAUUACCUACGACAACACUGGUAGCGCGGGACUCAAAGCCAAGAUCAUAGACGUUGUCAUCUCACGUCCUUCGACUGAGCCGCAGUUCAACGCCACCAAGACGCUCGCAUAUGUUGAUGCAGAGGAUUGGUCCGUGAUUGUUACGGCCAAGCAAGACAGCCGCGACUUGCUCAAGAUGGUGGCCAACUCGUACCUCGAUCUGUGGAGCGGCAACGGCAACUUUGAGCUACCCUGGGGCACCCCGUGCGCCCGGCUGGAGGGAAGCGAGUACUACACCGAGGAGUGCCAACCAGUGAGCUUGAAUGGCAAGGCGAAUACGGAUAGGAGGUAUGUGGUUGAUGAGGGUUUGGGGGCUGUAAGCGUGUUUAGCAAGGGUGGAAGUGAUGGGACAUUGUUGGACAUCCACGAGUUCAGGCUUGUGCAAGGGAAGCUGCGUUAUGUCCAUCAUUUCACCGCGAGCGAUGCAGCGUCGGUGGUGUAACGAGAACGAGAAGGAUACAUUGAAGUGCAAUACAAGCCGGUGCGAAGUCGCAAGCCAGUGGCACAGGAACAUGAAACUUUGUUGUUGAAUAACACCGCAGCCGGCCAAGCACUUGUU